AUGGCGUUCUCUUCUCUCCUUGGAUCUGCGCAGUCUCCCGUCAUCGGUGCUGAAGCUUGCCGCACGUCCGAUCGAUCCACGAUAUCAUGCCGUGGGCUCGGCAGCAAUGUUAACUCUAUGAAGUUCCAGUCUAGCAUCUUUGGAGCUAAUAUUUCUGUGGAUUCAUCUUCCACAUGGAAGUCUGUCACCCGCAUUACUCAACCUAUUAAAGCAACAGCAACAGAAAUUCCACCAACCAUUCCAAAGUCACGAAGCAGUGGCAAAACAAAAAUUGGAAUCAAUGGGUUUGGACGUAUUGGGCGGUUAGUUCUUCGAAUAGCAACUUUCAGGGAUGAUAUAGACGUGGUAGCAGUCAAUGAUCCUUUUGUUGAUGCUAAGUACAUGGCUUACAUGUUUAAGUAUGAUUCCACUCAUGGACCUUAUAAAGGAACCAUCAAUGUUGUAAAUGAAUCCACUUUGGAAAUCAAUGGGAAGCAAAUUAAAAUUAGCAACAAAAGAGAUCCAGCAGAGAUUCCUUGGGGUGAUUAUGGGACUGACUAUGUAGUUGAAUCUUCUGGCGUUUUUACUACUAUUGACAAGGCAUCAUUACAUAAAAAGGGUGGUGCAAAGAAGGUUGUAAUAUCAGCUCCAUCAGCUGAUGCACCUAUGUUUGUUGUUGGAGUAAAUGAGAAAACCUACAAGCCAAGCAUGGACGUUGUUUCCAAUGCUAGCUGUACCACCAAUUGCCUUGCUCCUUUGGCCAAGGUAGUUCAUGAGGAGUUUGGUAUCUUGGAGGGUUUAAUGACUACUGUCCAUGCAACGACAGCCACACAAAAGACAGUUGAUGGUCCUUCGAUGAAGGACUGGAGGGGUGGCCGUGGGGCUGGCCAGAACAUCAUCCCCAGUUCUACUGGUGCAGCAAAGGCUGUUGGAAAAGUACUUCCAGAACUCAACGGCAAGCUCACUGGAAUGGCUUUCCGUGUUCCGACCCCUAAUGUCUCUGUUGUGGACUUAACUUGUCGACUUGAGAAGAGAGCUUCUUAUGAAGAUGUCAAAGCAGCCAUUAAAUAUGCUUCAGAAGGUCCAUUGAAAGGCAUCCUUGGAUACACUGAUGAAGACGUUGUCUCUAAUGAUUUUGUUGGUGACUCUAGAUCGAGCAUAUUUGACGCGAAGGCCGGGAUUGGCCUUAGUGCUUCCUUCAUGAAGCUUGUUUCAUGGUAUGAUAACGAGUGGGGUUACAGUAACCGAGUGUUGGACCUGAUUGAGCACAUGGCUUUGAGAGUUCUCUCUUCUAAUCCGCACAGAGUUGUGUACUGGCAAGAAAUGGCUACUAAAGUAUUCUUCAGUUUCAUCCUUAUGCUACUACUGCUCUUUUCUUCUGAGAAUCCAGGUAUACUGAGGGCAGAAGGACGAUCGUGCGAAUCACAGAGCCAUUUGUUCCAUGGAAAAUGCUUCAGUGACAGAAACUGUAGGCAUGUGUGUGCAAAUGAAGGCUUCCCUGGCGGCAAAUGCCGAGGAUUUCGCCAGAGAUGUUUCUGCACUAGGCCUUGCGUCUCCAACUAA